AUGGCAAAAAACUAUUACAAGUACGAGCCUUCUCUGGCAGCGGCCGUCAUAUUCAUCAUCACAUUUUCAGCUUCGUCUCUUCUGCAUGCCUUCCAGAUCAUCAAGACCAAGACAUGGUUCUUCAUUCCCUUCUUAGUCGGUUCAUUGUUUGAAACGAUCGGCUUCAUCGGACGAGCUAUAGGCGCCGGAGAAUCACCCAAUUAUACUUUUGCCCCAUAUGUGAUGCAGCAUUUGCUGCUUCUCCUUGGGCCGACUUGCUACGCUGCUUCUAUCUACAUGAUCUUGGGGCGACUCAUUCGCUUGCUGGACGCCGAGAGAUACUCGUUGAUCAGGUCGAGUUGGCUGACCAAGUUCUUCUUGAUUGGAGACUUGCUUUCUAUCGCACUUCAGGGCAUUGGAGGCGGAAAGGUCGUAAAUGCCGAGACCGAAAACGAUCAAUCGGCUGGAGAGAAUAUUAUCAUCGCCGGACUUGUCGUACAGAUCAUUUUCUUCAGCCUGUUCAUGAUUGUCACCUGUCUUUUCCACUUAAGAAUCAGGAAGAAUCCAACUGCGAGAGCCGAGACUAUUAGCACCCGCUGGGAGCUGUUUCUAGUCGUCCUGUACAUCACCAGCAUCCUGAUCCUAAUCCGCUCUCUCUUCCGUCUGGUAGAGUACGCCAUGGGCCACGACUCGGAGCUACAGUCCAAGGAGGUCUACAUUUACGUUUUGGAUGGUGCGCCCAUGUUGAUUGCCAGCGCCCUUUUCAACAUUUUCCAUCCAUCUAAGUACCUAGUGGCUGGGAAGCAGCUUAUGGAUGGGUCGGACUCUGAGAUGCAGUUGGCAGAUUACAGUACCGCCUAUCGGCCUGUUGUUUAA